GAGACCCUGUACUGUCAGUAAAGGGUCUCUAGUUUGACCUACCUACAGAAGUUGAGCCAAGGCAGAGAUUAGGGGGGUUGUGCAAUCAUAUGUUGUGAAUUGUGAUUAACCGUCCUGAAUCUUAGCCUCAAGUGAUUUUUCGUCACGUUACAAAAAAUCUUGCUGUCGAUUGUUGUUACAUUUGUCACACCUAAAUAAAAAGAGAUCAGUAGCAAAUCUCACCAACUUACACCUGUGCGAAUUUUUUUGGCUAUACCUCAAAUUGCUGUCAACGAUUGUUCCUAACCUACAGAAUCCUAAAUUUACAAAAUGAACAACUCUUCAGAUCCACGUCGUCCUGACAAGGAAGUUCGGUACAAGCCGAUAAUCUCUAAUAGCCAGGCUCAACCGGGCGAUGAUUUGACGCCAGAUUAUAUGAAUAUAUUAGGAAUGAUCUUCAGCAUGUGCGGUCUGAUGAUGCGGCUUAAAUGGUGUGCGUGGGUUGCACUUUACUGUUCAUGCAUUAGCUUUGCCAAUUCUCGGGUCAGCGAUGAUACAAAACAAAUUUUAAGCAGUUUCAUGUUAUCCAUCUCAGCGGUUGUUAUGUCUUACUUACAAAAUCCCCAACCAAUGAGUCCACCUUGGGCAUCGGCUAUGCAGUAGAUUAUUUUAUUCAUUUGGGACUAACAAACCUUCUUACAUGUAUAACGUUCAUGUAUGUAACGUGAUAACUGAAGUUAAACCAUUUUCGUGGAUUUUUUAUCAUUCCAUAAGGCGUUGGGUCUCUAAAAUAUAAGGUUUCCAGUUCAAAUAAAAUAAAUUGAUAUAUUCUAAAGUCUUCACUUUUGUAUAUGUACAUACAUAAAAUAUACUAUAUUGGGUAUGAAUUUCAUAUUUACAGUGUAUCACAAUCGAUUCCUAAUUUUGUUCUUAGAAUGUAAGUGGUGAUGUAUGCCAAUGAAUUAAAUUUGAAAAUAUGACCAAUAAUUGGUUCGUUAUUAUAAUUAUCUAAUUUUGGAUACCACUUUAGAGUCUGGCCACUUGAAUAAAAAAUUUGGCUUUUGAUGUUCAAA